AUGGUAGUAGUGAGCAUCUGCCUCGCCAUCGAGCAGCAACAGAACAGGUGUGACAAGGACGGGGAAGGCGACGACGACGAGGAGGAGGAGGGCAGGGAGGAGGAAGACGACGACGACGAGGACCAGGACGAGGAGCAGGAGCAGGAGCAGGAGCAGGAGCAGGAGCAGGAGCAGGAGCAGGAGGAGAAGGAGGAAGAGGAGGAGGAAGAGGAGGAGGAGGAGGAGGAGGAGGAGGAGGAGGAGGAGGAGGAGGAGGAGGAGGAGGAGGAGGAGGAGGAGGAGGAGGAGGAAAAGGAGGAGGACCAUGACGACGACGAGGAGGAGAAAGACGAGGAGGACGAGGAGGAAGAGGAGGAGGAGGAGGAGGAGGAGGAGGAGGAGGAGGAGGAGGAGGAGGAGGAGGAGGAGGAGGAGGAAGAGGAGGAGGAGGAGGAGGAGGAAAAGGAGGAGGAGGAGGAGGAGGAACUGUACUGUAUGGUUUGUCCACUCGCUCAGUUUUUGUUGGCAGAGUGGUUCGGAGCGGCAAUGCACGAGAGUGGGGAGUUGAAAGAGGUGUUUGCAGAGAAAGGGGUGCUGGGAGGGGCGGGGAAGGGAGAUGCACCAGGAGCAGUGACGGCAGCAGCAGCAGCGGCGGAUGGGCAGGUUGAUGGGGCGAAGGGGUUGCAAGAGCGGCUGAAGGCACUCCUCUCGUCUUCGCCUACCAUGCUGUUCAUGAAGAUGAUUGAAGGCACUCGUCUCGUCUUCGCCUUCCUCUCAUCCCUUCCUCUCAUCCCUUCCUCUCAUCCCUUCCUCUCAUCCCUUCCUCUCAUCCCGUCCUCUCUGCUGCGUUACCUCUCAGGGAACACCGGAGGAGCCGCGGUGUGGGUUCAGCCGCAAGGUGGUGGAUGCAGUCCAGGCACACCAGAGGAGCCGCGGUGUGGGUUCAGCCGCAAGGUGGUGGAUGCACUCACGUCAGAAGGUAUUUCCUUUGGCAGUUUUGACAUUCUCACGGACGAGGCAGGAACACCGCAGGAGCCCCGGUGUGGGUUCAGCCGCAAGGUGGUGGAUGCAGUCAAGUCAGACAUGGACUCAUCGCAUGUUUCCCCCCCCUCUUCCCCCCUUCUUCCCCCCCUCUUCCCCCCUUCUUCCCCCCCUCUUCCCCCCCUCUUCCCCAUGGCUUGUCCUCACGGCCUUGCCUUGCUUUCCCAGGGCACACCUGAGGAGCCGCGGUGUGGGUUCAGCCGCAAGGUGGUGGAUGCACUUACGUCAGAAGGCAUUUCCUUUGGCAGUUUUGACAUUCUCACGGAUGAAGCAGUGAGGCAGGGGCUGAAGGAGCUCUCCAAUUGGCCCACGUACCCCCAGGUGUACCACAAGGGCGAGCUGAUUGGUGGAUGCGAUAUUGUGCUUGAAAUGAAGGCUAAUGGGGAGCUUAAAGCCGAGCUUGGAGGGUGA